AGUGGGGAGAAUUGUGAUUUGUGUCGAAGCAGCCGAACGGAAAACAGAGAGGAAUAAUGGAGGAAGAGAAGGCAAGUAAGGGAGAAAAUUGGGUAGAGGAUCUCCAACAAAGGGUGAUUCAAUCCAAAGACUCCGCCGUUCGCUCUGCUCGUUCUUUCCAAUCCAACUCUUCCACCCACUUUCGCUCCUUACAGGAUUUUGUGCCAAAUGCAAUAUCUCAGUAUCGGGCUUAUGAGGAGGCUUUCUUCAAGAAAGUUAAAGAAGAGUUGAUGAGUGCAAGGGAACAUCCUACUGCAGUUGUCGGAGUUGCUGUUGCUGCUGGCCUCCUUCUUAUGCCUGGCCCAAGGAGGCUUUUGUUUCGUCAUACAUUGGGUAGAUUUCAAAGUGAGGAGGCAAAAUAUGUUAAAGUUGAAAAGAAUGUGAAAGAGUUAAACCUUUCAGUCGAUUUAAUGAAGAAAGAGAGCAGAAAACUUCUUGAAAGGGCUGCUCUUGCAGAAAAGGAUAUGACACAGGGCCACACUGAGCUCAGGAAAAUUGGAAAUGAAAUUGAAGUAGUCAAUAAAUAUUUGUGCAAGACUGAAUCCCAAGCCACAGAUGUGAUGGAUACGUUGCGAGAGAUCUCUGGCAGGGAGGCUUUGAAACUUCGGGCAGAGGUUGCUUCUAUGGCAUCACUUUUGAAACAACACAGAACUGAACUGGACAAACGGAUGAUGAAAAUUUCUGAGCUUGGAGUUGCUGUUUGAUAAUGUAUUAGGAUGCAUCACCCUCCGAUUGGGAUUUCUUGGGCACAUUAUGUUCUUUUCCUGAUGUCCAUCCUAAUGAGAAUAUUUUUAGUAAGAUGAAUGCUCAUCGUAGGACAUUAGUCAUGGUAUUCAUUAACAUUUUUGUUGUAACCCGCAUAAUUAACUGAUUUGCAGCAUAAAGUUCCUAUCACAGGCACUAAAUAUGCAGUUCUCAUCACAUCAAGCUUUACUGGUCA